UAAACCAUAGUCAGAAACAGCAGAAUGAUCCAGUAGUUAUACCUUUCACUGACUGUAAAGGAAGCAAUGUCUAAGUAGGGUAGACAAAUAAGUUCUUUGCUAUGUUACCCAAAGAACCACAAAAAAUAUCAGAAGCAGAAAUAUGUUUGCAUGAUAUUUAAUUUUCCAUCUCUUAACAGGUGCAGAAUUCUCAGGCCAGAGAAGCCUAAACAGACCUGUCUGGAGAAAACAGAAGGGCAGGAGUAGGUUGUCAAUGUGUUGCUGUUUCUGAACUGAAUUUACUAUAUAUAUUAACAGGAAUCUGAAGAGGACUGACAGAACAAAAGAGACUCAAUACUCAUUGAGGUACUGGAAGAUUUUUCAGGAGACUAGAGAAAAGGGAGUGCUGCAACAUUUAUCUAAGAUUUGUUUAUUUUGCUUGACUCUAAUAACCCUUCUAUUUAAGGUCAGCGAUGGGCAGUUUGUUCCUAGUGCAGCAGGCAAUAGGUUGGUGUCGUGUUCGGCUGCCCGUGGUUGUAACUAAGAGAUUCUGUACCAUGUCUUCUCAAAGACUUUGGAUGUCUCCUCCUGCAUCUCUACUACAGCCACUGUCUGUCCCAGACAGAUUAUUACUAGGACCUGGGCCUUCCAAUUCUCCUCCACGGGUCUUGUCUGCAGGUAGCCGGCAGCUCAUAGGACACCUACACAAAGAGCUGAUUCAGAUAAUGGAUGAUAUCAAGGUGGGAAUCCAGUAUAUAUUCCAGACACAGAACCCUCUCACACUGGCUAUCAGUGGCACAGGCCACUGUGCAAUGGAAGCCGCCUUCCUGAAUUUGGUGGAACAGGGAGACAAAGUCUUAGUAGCUGUGAAUGGAAUUUGGGGAGAACGAGCAACCGACAUUGCAAGCAGACUUGGAGCUGAAGUACAUCAGUUGGUAAAGGCUCCGGGUGAAUAUUUUACUUUAGAAGAAAUAGAAAGGGGCUUGAUGCAGCAUUCUCCCUUUUUAUUUUUCAUCACACAUGGAGAAUCAUCCACUGGAGUAGUUCAGCCACUGGAUGGCCUAGGAGACCUCUGUCACAGAUAUAAUUGCUUACUACUGGUAGAUGCUGUGGCAUCAUUAGGUGGCACUCCAAUACUUAUGGAUCAGCAAGGUAUUGACAUUCUGUAUACUGGCUCCCAGAAAGUUUUAAGUGCACCACCUGGUGCUUCUCCCAUUUCUUUCAGCAACAGAGCCAGAAAGAAGAUUCAUACUCGGAAGACAAAGCCAACUUCCUUUUACCUGGAUGUGGAAGAGCUAUCUACAUACUGGGGCUGUGAUGGUAAUCCAAGAAAAUAUCAUCAUACUGCACCUAUUAACACAUUCUUUUGCUUGCGAGAAGCUUUGGCAAUUUUUGCAGAAAAGGGACUAGAAACCUCCUGGAAUCUUCAUAAAGAAAAUAGCCUCUACCUCUGUGCAGGACUGCAGAAGUUAGGUCUCAAACUCUUUGUGAAAGAACCAGAUGCAAGACUUCCAACAGUCAUCACUAUCUUUGUGCCCGAGGGGUAUGACUGGAAAGAAAUAACUGAAUAUAUUAUGAAAAAUCAUGAGAUUGAGGUGUCUGGAGGCCUGGGUCCUUCAGCAGGCAAGGUUCUUCGCAUUGGACUGAUGGGCUACAACUCCACUAAACCCAAUGUUGACAGAGUCCUUCAUGCCAUGGGAGAGGCCCUCCAGCACUGUCUCAAGAACAAACUCUGAGUUCUUUCUACUUUCUCAUUCUUCAAGACAGCACAGAUAAUUAAUCAAAGUACUGGAGAGGUUUUCUGCACAAGUUUAUUAAUUGUAUAAUUCAAAAAUACAUGUAGCCACAGCUCACAUUUUACACAAAGAUAAAACAUUUUCAUUUCAAUUAAUUUUUACUAAUAUAAUCAAAUUAUAUGCAAACUGCUACGUGGGAUUUGGCUUGCUCUUUUGCAUUUCUUCACUGAAUGUAUAGUCUUGUGCAAAGUGGCUAAAGUUUACAUUAUACACACUUUGGAUAGCAUGCAGGUGUAUCUAUACCAACUUUUAUUUUUCCUAAAAUAGUUUCCUGUUUCUGAUUGUGACACUGACUCGUCUAAACUCGAGUAAAUUGUUCAAUUCUGGAAACUGUUGUGCAUACAAUACUGACAUUCACCUGUUUUAGCUGUAAGUUAUAAGUAUGGAAAGCCACCAUUAUGACAGAGUAAGUGACACCAAUUGAAUUAACUUGAAAAGAUAACUUGGAAAUUGUCUGCCCAGCAAGACACUCACUCUCAGAAAACAAAUUAAGUCUGAAUCACUUAGUAGUUCAUUCACCGUAUCACCUCCUUCUUCUAGACAACUAUAUGGUAUUUGUCAUAGUAUUUUUAAAAAAAAUAUUUUAAAGAGUAUCUAAAUAUUCAAAAGUAAAAGAACUUGGGGUGAAAAAUUAUGAUAAAUAGCAUUCAGCAAACUUACUACCAUCAGAUAACAUUCCAUAUAAAUUACAAUAAAAUGCUGCCAAAUGAAGAA